AUGCUGGAUAAUAUUGCUGAGCUACUUAUUUAAGAAGGUUUCUAAGCAAAUAUAGAUUUAAAUAGCAUUAAUUGCUAAUUUACAAAACCAUAUUUGAUUAAUUAAAUCACAUUUGAUGGAGUUUAAUUAAGUGAUGGCCAAUAGGUUAAAAUAUAAAUUACAAUUUGUGAUGAAUAAUUGUUCGAAAAAAAGAAGAGAAUUUAUUUUGUAAACUAAACUAUAAAUAAUUUUGAGUUUUGUAUAAAAAUCUUGAAGCAAAUUCUGAUUGAUCAAGAAAAAAUCUGCAUUUUCAUAUUUGAAAAUUAUGAAGAAACUUUGGAGGAAGAGCUUUGUGAAAUGAAAAAAUAAAAUAUUAAUUUUAGUGAAAAACAAAUAGUUUAAAUGUAUAUGAAUAUGAUUUAUUCUCUUAUAGAGAUGUGUUCGCUUAAUAUAGUCCAUGGAGAAAUUAAUCCAUCAAAUAUAUUUAGAAAAUCUAAUGGAAAGUACAAGCUUUUAAAUGGAUAGAAUUUAAGUUUUUAAGAAUUUCAAGAAUUAUAUAGUGAAGAAAAUUUAUAUAAUAUAUUUGUAGCACCUGAGGUAAAGUAGAAGUUAAGUUUGAUGCAAACAAAUGAAUUCUAAAAGAGUCAUGCAAAGUGGUAAUAAGAUGUAUACAGUAUGGGGUUGUGUUUUUUAAAUAUAUUACAGGUUGAAAUUAAUGAGAAAGUAAUACAAUAUAUAAAAAAUUCUGAAUUUUCUGCUAUAAGAUAGAAUAUUGAUCCUUUGUAUAAAAGUUUUUGCACCUUUAUAUUUGAUUUUAUGCUUUAAUAUGAUGGAUAUAAACGAGACUUACCUUAUAGAUUAAGAAGAAGUUUAAUUUAUUUCUAUUCAGAUUUACAUAUUUCUGUUGAGGAAGAAUAUUAAAGGAUUGAAAAUCAUAUUAAUCACUAUAAUUCUUCAGUUAAAGUUGAUGACUUGUAUUUGGCUAGCUAAUAUUUGGUACUGUCUUAAACUUACUUAGAAAAUAGAUGUGAAGAUCAUAUUCUUAAAUGCAUGGAUAUUCUAAAUAAAUUAAAUAAAAAUAACACAUUUGAAGAGGCAUUGGCUUAUCUUGAGCUAGGAAUAAUUAAAGUUAAUACACAAAAGUAUUCAGAUUCUCUAGAAGCUUAUCAGAAGAGCUUAGAAAUACAAAAAAGAAUUCUUGGCGAUUCACAUAUUUUAGUAUCAUACACUCAUAAUAAGUUAGCAUUUGUAUAUUUUUUCUUACAAAACUAAGAGAUGUCUUUUAUUGAAGAUGAAAUAUCUUUAAAUUUCAGGUAGAUUAAUUUUUAGAACAAUCAUACAGAUAUUGCUGACUCUCUUAGUUGUGUUGGAUUUAGCUAUUUAUAAAAAAAUGAUUUACAAAAAGCUUUGGAAUACUCUUAAAAAUCUUUCGAAAUGAGAAAAGAACUUUUUGCUGAAAAUCACCCAGAUAUUGCAGGGUCUUUAGAAGAAAUAGGAAUAGUAUUUACUCAUAUGAAAGAUCACAUAACUGCUCAUACUUAUUAUGAAAGAGCUCUAUAGAUAAGAUAAUAGAUUUAUAGUUCAUUUCAUAAUGAAAUAGCAAAGUCUUAUGAUAGCUUAGCUGUUUCUUUUUCUAAGUUAGGUUAAGAAGAAACAUCAUUAGAAUUUGAUUUAAAGGCUCUUAAUAUUAGGUAAUAAAUAUACCCAAAGCUACAUCCCAAAGUAGCAAGGUCAAUAAAUAAUAUUUCAAUAUCAUAUUUAAAGCUUAGUGAUUACACAAAAGCUCUUGAGUAUGCUUAGGAGUCUUAUGGUAUUAGAAAAUAAAUACUGCCCUAUUAUUUUCCAGAUAUCGCUGAAUCCCUCUCCACUCUUGGUUCAAUAUACUACAGAUUAGAAAAUUAUGAAGAAGCCAUAAAAUGUUAUUAAUAGACGAUAAAAAUAUUUAGUUAAAUUUACUAAAUUCUACAUGAAUAUACUGUCGAUUCAUAUCUUAGCUUAAGUCAGUGUUAUAAAAAAUAAGGAGACAUAAAAUCUGCUCUGGCUUAUGAAUUAAAGCUACUUAAGCUUAGAGAAAAAUUAUACACAAGAUAUCAUCCAGAUGUAGCACUUUCUUGCGAUAAUGUAGCUAUGCUAUACUCUUAUUUACAUGAAUAUCAUUUAGAAUAAAAAUAUUAUUUGGACUCAUUUACAAUCAGAAAAAGACUUUUAGAUACAUAAGAUGAAUUAAAAAAUGAAGAAUAUUUGAAUUCUAUUAAAAAUAUAGCCUUAUCUUAUCUAAAUCAAGGUAAAUUUGAAAAAUCUAGAUAAUACUUUUCAAUAGUAUUUGAAUCAAUCCUACAUCAAACAUCAUGUUCGUAGCAUUUUAUUUCCUUUUUAAACAGUUUAACAAAUCUACAUUACUAAAUGAAAAACUACUCUUAAAUCUAUACAUAAUCUAAAACAUGUGUUAAAUUAGCAAGAUAGUGCUCUCCUUAAAGUGGAAUAAAUACCAAUCUCAUAGUUAUGAAUCAUGCUAUCAUCUCUCGUAAAUAAUAAAGCUCAUCAUCUCAAUUAAUCUAAUUUAAUAGCUGA